GCAGAGAUUUAUUUUAGGUUAAUACUUUGAAGAUGGGCAUAUCUCAAAAUAAUUCCGAGAUGGAGGACGGAUCUCUUGAAAUCGGCAUGGAGUACAGGACUGUUUCUGGAGUUGCAGGACCGCUGGUUAUUUUGGAAAAAGUUAAAGGUCCAAAGUAUCAGGAAAUUGUCAAUAUACGAUUGGGAGAUGGCACAAUUCGACGUGGUCAGGUCUUGGAAGUCGAUGGUGAGAAAGCUAUUGUGCAGGUUUUUGAAGGAACUUCAGGGAUUGACAACAAAUUUACAACUGUGCAAUUCACAGGGGAGGUUUUGAAAACCCCUGUGUCAAUGGAUAUGCUUGGACGCAUUUUCAAUGGAUCAGGAAGACCGAUAGACAAUGGUCCUCCUAUAUUGCCUGAGGCUUACUUGGAUAUUUCAGGAAGUUCAAUCAACCCUAGCGAGAGAACCUAUCCUGAAGAGAUGAUUCAGACGGGGAUAUCUACGAUUGAUGUCAUGAACUCCAUCGCCCGAGGACAGAAGAUUCCUCUCUUCUCUGCUGCUGGGCUUCCUCAUAAUGAAAUAGCCGCCCAGAUUUGUCGUCAGGCUGGUCUAGUGAAGCGGUUAGAGAAGUCUGUAAAUCUCAUGGAGGAUGGAGCGGAGGACAAUUUUGCCAUUGUUUUUGCAGCUAUGGGAGUCAACAUGGAGACAGCUCAGUUCUUCAAACGUGAUUUUGAAGAAAAUGGUUCAAUGGAGAGAGUGACCCUUUUUCUAAACCUGGCCAAUGACCCCACAAUUGAACGCAUUAUCACUCCUCGUAUUGCGCUCACAACUGCGGAAUAUUUAGCUUAUGAAUGUGGAAAGCAUGUCUUAGUCAUACUAACAGAUAUGAGCUCAUAUGCAGAUGCACUCCGUGAGGUAUCUGCUGCCCGAGAGGAGGUGCCUGGUAGGCGUGGGUAUCCUGGUUAUAUGUAUACUGACCUGGCAACAAUCUAUGAGCGUGCUGGACGUAUUGAAGGGCGAAAGGGAUCCAUCACACAGAUUCCCAUUUUAACCAUGCCUAAUGAUGAUAUCACACAUCCUACUCCGGAUCUUACGGGUUACAUCACCGAGGGGCAAAUAUAUAUUGACAGGCAGCUCUACAAUCGACAGAUAUACCCACCAAUCAAUGUCCUUCCAUCUCUUUCACGGUUGAUGAAGAGUGCUAUUGGUGAGGGGAUGACUCGCCGUGAUCAUUCUGAUGUGUCCAACCAGCUAUAUGCCAAUUAUGCAAUUGGGAAGGACGUUCAGGCAAUGAAAGCUGUGGUGGGAGAAGAGGCGCUCUCUUCCGAGGAUCUGCUCUACCUCGAGUUCCUAGACAAGUUCGAAAGGAAGUUCGUUGCUCAGGGAGCAUAUGACACCCGCAACAUCUUCCAAUCACUCGAUCUUGCGUGGACGCUGCUGCGUAUCUUCCCCCGGGAGCUCCUCCACCGCAUUCCUGCAAAGACCUUGGAUCAGUACUACAGUCGUGAUGCUGGUCACUGAUGCAUGCUCGGCUUCGCCCGGACAACCGCUCAAGUCUUCUGUCCCUUUUCUUCUUUCUUAGGCAGCCUUCCUCAUAGAAACCUGGCAAAGAAUAAACUGGUGGUUACUCUUCAAGUCCAUUCAGCUGUUUCUUUAGAUAUAUUAUGGUCACUAUUCUUUCAAUUGCCGAAAGCCUUGAGGUAUUAUUGGUACUGUCUAGCUUUGUAAUAUCUUCAUCUUUUAAUGCUUAUAUUACCCUAUUAGGGUUUAUGUCAUACUUAGGUCCCUGUCUUUCAUUCUGUAUUGUGAUUUUUGGAUUUGUUGUAGAGAAAUCACGAAUGGUUUGUUGUGUUGUUUACAUCUAUUCCUUGUUUAAAUGCAUCAUCAGGACCAUGAUGGUUUCUUGUGC